CGUUCGGACUUACUCCUAAAAACAAUGCCACAAAUCGCAAACUUCAAACUCUUCUUCUCUGCAAAUCGUUCAGCUCCUUACCUUUCUCCUUUUGUCUCAUUCAAACCUUAUUUUUCUCCUCUUCUCUUCAAACACAGGACCCCUCAAAAGCUUGCUUUUCCCUUCACUGUCUUAUCUUCGUCGGCCGGAAGACAACGAAAACCUCAUCCUCCACCUCCUCCCAAGAGUAGAAGCAACAGCACUCUCAGAGAAGCAAAGACUGGAGAGCAAUCAAUGGAAGAGGCUAAGCCAAUUGGAUUCAAUAAGAGAAGAGCCGAAGGGAGAGAUAAGAGCGACAGGCCCAAGGAUCUUCAGUUGAAGGUCCGGAAAUUGAAUCCCGUGAAUACUGUAUCCUAUGUUCAGAUUUUGGGAACUGGAAUGGAUACACAAGACACUUCUUCAUCAGUUUUGUUAUUCUUUGACAAACAGAGAUUUAUAUUCAAUGCUGGAGAGGGUUUGCAACGUUUCUGCACGGAACAUAAGAUAAAAUUAUCAAAGAUUGAUCACAUCUUUCUUUCUCGUGUAUGCUCAGAAACUGCUGGUGGACUUCCAGGUCUUCUAUUGACUUUGGCUGGCAUGGGGGAGGAAGGGAUGUCUGUCAACGUUUGGGGUCCUUCUGAUCUCAAAUAUUUAGUUGAUGCAAUGCGAUCUUUCAUUCCAACUGCUGCCAUGGUUCACACUCACAGCUUCAGAGCUGCACCUGGUGCUGAUGGAGUUGCCUUGGCUGAUCUUGCAAAGUUUGUAGAACCCAUCAUUCUUCUUAAUAAUGAGGUUGUCAAAAUAUCAGCCAUUCUUCUACAGCCAGGUUGCUCAGAAGUACGUCAACAAAUGAAGGAAGACUCUUCCAUGUUGAAUGUAGAAGAGAAAAAGGAUCAGAUUUUGAAAUUCCCUGUAUUAAAUUCACAAGAUCCAAAUGGGAAAGCUUCACCUGUGCUAAAGCCUGGUGAUAUUUCUGUGGUUUAUGUUUGUGAAUUGCCUGAAAUUAAGGGAAAGUUUGAUCCUGCAAAAGCUGUUGCCCUUGGAUUGAAAGCUGGUCCCAAAUAUCGUGAACUACAACUUGGGCACUCAGUCAUGUCAGAUCGUCAAAAUAUAAUGGUUCAUCCAAGCGAUGUACUUGGUCCUUCAGUUCCUGGUCCUAUUGUACUCCUUGUCGACUGCCCUACGCUAUCUCAUUUGCAGGAGUUGUUGUCUACACAAUCUCUCGAUACCUAUUAUGUAGACUCCGUGGACCAAAACUUGAAUACUGUUAAGUCUGUGAAUUGUAUAAUUCACUUGAGUCCUUCCCUUGUCACAAUGACUCCUGAAUACCAAAAUUGGAUGAAAAGAUUUGUUGGAGCACAGCAUAUCAUGGCUGGACAUGAAAUAAAGAACUUGGAAAUUCCAGUUCUAAAAUCCAGUGCAAGAAUCACAGCACGACUUAAUUACUUGUGUCCUCAAUUCUUCCCAGCUCCAGGAUUUUGGUCUCUUCAGCACCUAAAGAACUCCAUGCCUGAGUACAUCACUUCAUGUGAGGGUUCUGUUCAAAAGCGUUAUGAAAGUAUUUCUGCUGAAAAUCUACUAAAGUUCCAUUUGCGUCCUUAUGCACAGCUUGGAUUGGAUAAAUCUGGGAUCCCAAGCUUGUUGACUGCAACAGAAGUUGUCAAUGAACUUCUGUCAGAGAUUCCUGAGAUUGAGAUUGCUGCUGAACAAGUUAGGAAAUUCUGGGUGGAGUACCAGAAACAUGAAAAUGUAAUAAUUUCUAUCCCGUAUGAUAAAACUAUGGUUGAAGAACCUUGGAUGCAAGGAGAUGCAUCUGCACCUGAUAAAAACUCAGGAAAGCAGGAUGCAAGUGAAGCCGAGGAGAUCCAACGUAUUUGCAAGGCCAGCACAGAUGAGAUUAAUCAUGAGUCCUAUCUUCCCGGUUGUCUGGAGAAUAUAGGAAGAGAAGACAUGGAGUUUGUUCUUUUGGGAACUGGUUCAUCUCAGCCAUCCAAGUAUCGAAAUGUUAGUUCUAUCUAUAUUAACCUUUUCUCGAAAGGAAGCCUGCUCUUUGAUUGCGGUGAAGGAACACUGGGGCAGCUGAAAAGGAGAUUUGGUGUAAAGGGUGCUGAUGAUGCUGUUAGAAGAUUAAGGUGUAUUUGGAUUUCUCAUAUCCAUGCUGAUCAUCACACCGGUCUAGCAAGGAUACUUGCUUUGCGAUGGGAGUUGUUAAGGGAAGUUCCUCAUGAACCCUUGCUUGUUAUUGGGCCAAAGCAGCUAAAGAGAUUUUUGGAUGCAUAUCAAAAACUUGAAGAACUAGAUAUGCAAUUCCUUGAUUGCAGACACACAAUUGAAUCGUCGUGGGAUGCUUUCAAAGAUAAAGUUGGAUCAAACAAGAAUGACUUGCCGCCGAGGAGUCCGAUCAGUAUUGAUGAUAAGGGAGAAGAACGUGGUGUAAUGAAUAUAGAAACAACUUUAUUUGCUAGAGGCAGUCGCAUGCAGAGCUAUUGGAACAAACCAGAUAGUCCAGGAGACACUGGCAUGGGUUUCCAAAAUCUAAUGAAACUGAAGAAAGUGCUAGAUGAAGCAGGGUUGGAGGCUUUGAUCAGUGUCCCUGUUGUGCAUUGUCCACAAGCAUUUGGCAUUGUCCUGAAGGCAGCGGAGAGAAUGAACAGUGUAGGAAAAAGAAUACCAGGAUGGAAACUUGUUUACUCAGGUGAUACGAGGCCCUGUCCAGAGCUGAUAGAUGCAUCUCAUGGAGCAACGGUUCUUAUACACGAGGCUACCUUUGAGGAUGGAAUGGUGGAGGAGGCCAUUGCAAAGAAUCACAGCACAACAAAGGAAGCCAUUGAAGUGGGAGCUUCUGCAGGCGCAUAUCGCAUUAUUCUUACACACUUUAGCCAGCGAUACCCAAAAAUUCCAGUUUUUGAUGAAACUCACAUGCAUAAAACAUGUAUUGCUUUUGACAUGAUGAGCAUUAACAUAGCAGACUUACCUUUGCUUCCAGAAGUUCUUCCAUACCUCAAGCUACUUUUCAAGAAUGAGAUGAUGCUUGAUGAAUCUGAUGAAGCCGUAUGUCAAGCUGCUUGAGAAUAAUAGGCUUCCUCAUUGUUAGGAAAAUACCCUUCAUCAUUACCAUUUAUAUGGUGCUAUGAUUGUUCUGAUUUAUGGUUUGAAUGGAAUAUUUUUUUUUCUUAA